CACUACCUGUACCGUUCUGGGAUUCGGCCUGACAGCAUCACUGUGUUAAUGGGGUGUGUCAACUUGAACCGAUGUAAAUACGUACCACGUUCUGCAUUGCGACUGGCUGAUACCAAGAGAGACUGAUCAAUCGAAGUCCUAAACAUCAAUGGGAAAAUUCAAACAGCCAAUAUAUAAAAAUUAAAAUCCACCUCCUUUCACAAACCAGUGGCCAUCUAGACUCAGUAGCUAUGUGGGUAACGCGAUGGUGCAGGGGCGAUUGAUACUGGGUUUAAGUUACGGAGUGAACAUCAAAACCGGGAUUCAGGUACAUCCACUUGACGAGUUCAAAAAUUUCACUGCUAGCCAUCAAAUGUAUCUGCAUAAAAAUAGGUAAAUUGUUAGGAAUAAGUCAUUUGUAAACAUAGUGCAAGAAUACGUGAUUCGAAGUCAUUUGCAUCAUUAAAGUAGUCCUAUUUUGUGCAUUUUCCAACAUCUUAGAUCGUAUUUAUCCACUGCUAUUAUAAAAAGACUGACAAAUCAUAAAUGGGUAUAUUGUUUGGAAUAGGUCAGUUUUGAACAUUGUCAGUGAAGAUUACUGAGCUAGUAUCACAUCUUCAGUCUAUGUGUUGUCAGUCCUUCAAAGAAAGCUGCAAAUCGCCAGGUAUAUUCUGAAAGACGUCUGCCGAAGAGUUCUCCAGAUAUGGCAACAAAAUGCACAGAAGAAAAUAUAUCUUUUCUACUUUCACAUAUUUUAACAGACGGUAGCGGCCAGCCAACAAACGGGAAGCAAUCCGUUAAUUACCAUAUAUCCACUGAAAUCCCAGAGCAUACAUUCAUUCAAAAACCAACGAAUCCAAUCAAUGUUGCAUCCAAAGAAACCGAUGAAGGGAUUCAACAAACUGGUUCAGUUCAGGAUGUCAAUAAACUUAAUAGUCCAAUUUCAAAAGCUUCCAAGUCAAUUCAGUGCUCAAUUGACAAACCAACUACAAAUUCUGUUGAAAUUCAUUGUGAUAUUUUAAGCGUCAUUAAAAAUGAUGAUUUCUCAUUUGUUCUCGAUGAGAACAGUAAAUUAAUUGCUCAACAAAAAGCACAUAUUGAACAUUUAAAGCAUGCUCUAUCAUCAGAACAAAAUAAAGUUCAAGGUCUACAUAGUCAGUUGUGCAAAAAUCAACUCGAAUUUGACAAAGCUAAAUUAGGCUGGUUGCAGAAAGAAAAUCAGUUUAAACUAGAAAAGGACCGGUUUCAUAGAAAGAUCUCUGUUGUUGUCACUGCUAAAGAACAAGUAUCAAAAAAUCUUGAAAUUUCACGAGAAUAUAUAAAACUCUUGAAAGAACGCAUUUCUAUGUUGGAACAGUGUUAUUCAAACAUAAUUCCGAAUCCACGUAACUCAGAGCAUUUUUCACAAGAACGAUCUGACAAUUUCCCAACAGAGCGAACGCAUUGCAAACGGUAUCUAAAAAAUAUUGAUUCAAUUAGAUCAACACCAGAUUUAUCAGCUACUUUUCCUACCUUAAGCAAACUUCUUUCUCUCAGUAGUGAAUAUCGAGAUCCUCAUGAAGGUGUGACACCAAAGGUUCUUCAGCGUCUAACUAAUCAAUCAUGUCAAACGAACAAACGUGUUCACAACUACAUCAGUUGCGGCACGAACCAACUACAAAAUACAACCAGUCUUGACAAUUUAUAUGAAGGUGAUCGUAUUUCGGUGCAUUCAACGGCUUCAAGUUCAAACGACAUCCGAAAAAUAGUUAAUCACCAAGAAAUCAUAGAGCUUGAUGAUAAAUGUUCCUUAUCUUCUAGUGUAACUUCCAGUAUUUCCCCACUUCAAGUGAUUGACGAAAUGGAAUUUCAAGACAACUUAGCUCUUCUGGAUCAGCGGAUUAACAAUGUUCGGGAGUCACUCAGAUUGAACCCUGUAAUUUAAAAACAUAAAUAAUUGACCGUCAGAAUAAACUGAUAAAACCGUAGGUAUACGACUUUAUAGAUAUCUUUUUUAUUUGACUAAAAAAAUUUCAUGGAUUUGCCAAUACUGUCUACGUAUUUGUAUAUUCACUCCAUACUGCCCCGUUAUCCUACUAAGUAACUUGAAAGACUGAGUUGAGAGAAACCACAUCUAAUAAUUCUUUUUGUUACUAUUUUGUUGGCAUAGAAUAUCAUCUUUCUCUGUAAGUUAGCGAUAUCUCGGACCAGGAAUUUAGAACAUCAAUCUUCUGUGUGAAUGCUACAUAGUAGCAUGAAUAUAGGAUGGGUGAUAUGGUUCAAAGUCGACCACAAUGGCGUCGGAGUAUACACUGUCUGAGAUUGAAAUCGCUUCAUAACUUUCAUUCUACGAACUAAUUCUUUCUUCC